CGGUGAUUUUCCUGCGUGCUGGAAGGAAAAGGAUCCAGCUUUCAGUGUUCUAUGGAACGCAUCAAAUAAAAAAAAAAAUGACAAGGAUGUGUGAGUAAGUGAGCUUAAUUAUCCAGCUGGGAGAGACGGAUCUUCAGGAGAAUCCAGAGCGUGGAUUGUUCUUUUUUUUUUUUCUUGCUCUUUGCAGAGAGAGAGAGAGAGAGUGAGACGAGGAGAAGGACAAGAGAAAGUGGGAGGAAUAAAGAGCCGAGGUUAAGCUCAGGUUGAGGAUGGAGUAGCUCAUCAGCGCACGUGGGUCCGGCUCCACUUACAGCUCUGGACGUCACUGUCGGAUCUCUGUCUGUCCUCGUAUCUGGAUUCCGACCGCAUGGUGAAGUUCGGGUCGUACUCGGGAUAAGUGAGAGAGGUGCAGCUCACCUGUCCCAGCUGUCUGUCUCACCUGUCACGCCGGCGUCAGUGUCAGCGUGGAGGCUGGGUGUCAGAUUAAUGCUGGAGCUCAGCUGAGGUUCAGGUUGUAAGGAUUGUGAAGGUGAAAGUGAAGAAGGAGGAGGAAGAGGAGGAGGAGGAGAUAAAAAUAGAGAGUGUUUGAUCGGGAAAAUACUCUGGAGAUACCGCUAUGCAGGAAUAAAGAGUACUCGGUUCAAUAUCAGACCAGAGCUGAAGGUGGAGCUGGAUUUCAAGAGGAGCUCCAAAGAGAAGUUGUACGAAGAUAAAACCGAAGGCUCCUGCUCAUUAUGUAAACUUUAUGCCACGCCCUGACACGCCCACCCACACGCCGACCAAUUACUGUGUCUCGCCAAUCGAUUCAAAUUUCUCAUUCAUUCCAAAUUUUUUCCCGAGCUCUUGAUUUGGCAAAGUGGGGAUCGUUUGGCCCUCGGGGGCCUCGGCGGCCUCCUCCAAUCUGAAGAUGCGGCGCUCGAGCACGGACGAGACCCCGUACCGGCGCAGUCCGUCCCUGGACAGUAAGACCGGCUCGCCCCCGUUCUGUUUCGGGAGCGAGCGCGAGCGCCGCGGGGCGCCUUUCGGGUUCAGCUUCCGCACGGCCCCGGGGACGAAGACGGCCAAAGCGGGUUACGCCACGGCGCAGGGCAGGAAGUACGUGGUGUUUUAUCUGGACCUCUCCUUCAUUUUCCUUUUAGAGCUGCGGCGCUGCAGGAUGGCUGAGGGCUGCAUGAGGGCCCUGCGCUACGCCAUGGUGUUCUUCAACCUGCUCUUCUGGCUGGGGGGAUGUGGGAUUCUGGGAGUAGGCGUCUGGCUGUCAGUCACCCAAGGAAACUUCGCUACUCUCUCCACCUCCCUACCGUCUCUGUCUGCUGCCAAUCUGCUCAUCGCCGUGGGAACCAUCAUAAUGGUGAUCGGCUGCCUGGGCUGCGUCGGCGCCGUCAAGGAGAGCCGGCCCCUGCUGCUCAGCUUCUUCAUCCUGCUGCUUCUGAUUUUCCUGCUGGAGAUCCUCUUCAUCAUCCUCUUCUUCGCAUAUCAGGAUCAGAUUGACCGCUACGCUCAGAGCGACCUGAAAAAAGGCCUGCAGCUGUUUGGCACAGAGGGGAACAUCGGCCUGACCAACGCCUGGAGCAUCGUCCAGACCGACUUUCGCUGCUGUGGCGUCACCAAUCACACCGACUGGUUCGACGUCUACAACACCACCCGCGUUCCCGACUCCUGCUGCUUGGAAUAUAGCGACAACUGUGGCCUGGAAAAUCCGGGGACGUGGUGGACAGCUCCGUGUUACGAGCGAGUGAAGAGCUGGCUGCAGGAGAACCUCGUGGCUCUUUGGAUUUUCGCUCUGUGCACGGCUCUAACACAGAUCUUGGGCCUGGUGUUCUCCAUGACUAUGUUCUGCCAGGCUGUAAAAGUCGACACCUUCUACGCCUAGAGGGCCGAAAUGGACCCGAAACCUUUUUUAGGACACUUUUUAUUUGUAAAAAAAACAAACAAACAAAAAAAAAGAAAAGUUUCUUUUGUUCUUUACUUUUAUUUGUUGAUGUGGCAUCAUCGCUGCGUUUUCCAGCUAGAAGAAUGUCGUCCUUCGGUGGCACCUCUAGUUAACACACUGUUCACCAAACCAGCUUGUAAGAACGAAACAUUAUUAGUUUUUUGCUCCUUAGCUAAUACAGCGAGGGUUCAGUGUCAUCCAGAAUCCUAAAUGAACUCAAAGGAAACUCAUUAAAAUGAAGGAAAAAAAACAAUUUAAGUUCGUUAUCCUGUUUGAAUCUAACCAGCUUACGUCGCUUCAUCCAUCAGUUCCAGUGAGCAGAAGAAGAAGAAACAAAACUUUCAUGACAUGGAAAAGACAAAAAAUCGGGAUGCGGCGUGACGAGCGCUGCUGCCGCCGGAGUCGCAGGAAUCAUCAGUCACCGUAAUGUCGCAAAAAAAUCAGGAAAACUGUCACGACAUGGAAAAGAACAAAAAAAAAAAAGACAUGACGUUCUUUCAAAGUGUAAAAUCGUAGCGUGAGUACUGAACACAUUCCAGCAGGGCAGAUCUCCAGAUCCGAAACAAACAAAAAAAAAGCACAUCGCUUCAUCGUCUUCAUUAUGUAACAAACGUGUGUGUAAAUAAGUAUAUGUGUUCUUCCUUUGGUAUCUUUCACACGCCAUACUUAUUAUUAUAACAUAAAAAAUAUAAAUAAAG